CAAAAGAUAGACUGUGGUAAAAAUUUAAGAGCGGUCCUGAGCGACGAAUUCGACCAACCGUUAAAGUUAGUAAAAGUCUUUGUCGGUCAUAUAAAGGAUGUCAAAGACAUUUCAAGAACAAUUCUAGAAUUAAAUGAGAAGAUUCCGCUAAAAGAACUACAGCAUUUGAAAAGAGUCAGACGUCAAGACGUAAUCCUGUGUCCAGUAAACUAUUUCAACAGUAAUUUAUCAAUACAAGAUUUCAUAGUGAGUUCUGUACCAGAGUUGAAAGACGUAUUUGAAUUUUUCAAACAAGUCGACGUGCCUUUAAAUCCACCGAAAAUCGAUAGACAUCAUCAGGAAGCGAAACGAAUCUGGUCAUGUAAUUUUCAUCCCAAUAAAUAUUUAGAAAAAUUAACUAGUGACGAAUUCUUUUCACCCUGUGAAUUAAAAAUACAUAGAAUGUACAUGAAAAUAGCCUUCGCAGUUGCCAAAUGGUAUACCAUUAAUAACAAAAUGAAUUUCAAUCUAUUUAAUAACGUAAAUACAACGAUUGUUGUCGAUCCAAAGUUACAAAGCAUCGUUGCUUUAUCAUUUGAUAAUCGGCAAGAACAUCCUGUUCAGCAUUCGGCUAUGCUUGCUAUAGACAACGUAGCGAAGACUCAAAACGGUGGAGCGUGGACUUCUAACCAAGAUAAAGGUUAUAUCGGUAUACCAGAGGAAAUAGUACCAUAUUUAAAGGAAAAGUUCCCAUCUGUGAAAUUCUAUCAUAAAGAUUUGGAUACAAAAAAUGGGACGGAAAAGGACGGUCCGUACUUAUGUACGGGAUAUUAUGUGUAUAUGUUGAGGGAGCCGUGCGUUAUGUGUUCCAUGGCCUUAGUACACGCGAGAGCCUUCCGAGUAUUCUUCUGCAUCGACAACACUGAAUGUGGUGCUUUGAAAAGUAGAGUAAAGCUACAAACUAUAUCCUCGUUGAAUCAUCAUUUUGAAGUGUUUACGGGUUUUAUAUAAUUAUUAUUUUAUAUGUGUUUUUAUUUACAAUAAAAUAUGUAAAUAUA